CAGCUUUUGUAAGAACACACAUGCAAACUCGUUCUCUGUGGAGAGAGAGAGCGAAAGAUCAUCGUUUAUGAAUCACAUCGGACAUAAAGAUCUGUUAAUCUAAAGAUCGAUCUAGAAAAGCAAGGCCGAGUCGACGAGCUUCAGAUCACCGGAAUAAGAAUUGCCGGUCGCCGCAGAUUAAGAUUUUGGACUGAGAUUUUCAUUGCAGUGUUUUUGCUGCUUGUCGGUCGGUGAGAUUAAAUUCGACAUGGGUUUUUUGGUAACAACCCUAAUCUUUGCUGUGAUCGGAAUCAUUGCGUCUCUUUGUACGAGAAUCUGCUGCAACAGAGGGCCUUCUGCAAAUCUGUUCCACCUAACAUUGGUUGUUACUGCAACAGUAUGUUGUUGGAUGAUGUGGGCGAUUGUAUAUCUUGCACAGAUGAAACCUCUCAUAGUCCCAAUUUUGAGUGGAGAGUGAGAUGCUCGGUGAAAAAACAUACACGAUCCUCUGGGGAGCCAACAUCAUGGAUUAUAAAUGGGUUAUUGGAGAGUGGUCAUUAUCUUAGUGUAGGUUUUCGGAGUACGCAGUCGUCUUGUGCCAUCUUUGUGCAUGUCUUAUUGAUGCAAAGAACUUUGAAUGGGUUUUUUUAUUUUGUGCUUGAUUUCACCCAUUGUAAAACUAUUACUAUUACCUCUUAUUGUUAUUCUUUUGACUACUGACACUAUGAAGCUUGUAAUGGUUAUGAAAUAAAUGUUUGAAAAAUGUAGAUUUUUAGUUGCUA